CCUCUGUAUUGAGCUUAGAUGAAAGUGUCCAUUCUGCAGUGGUUGCUUUGAAAGAGAUACAGUUAAGAGGAAAAUAACAAAUAAAGAAGGUAAAUAUCACAGUAAGCUGUUCCUCCACAUGCAAUGGCUAACAGUGAGAUGUUAGAAGGCCAGGAGAAGAUGAAGAAAGGUCUGGUGAAGGUUCUUGAAUGUGUGGCCACCAUCUCUUCAGCAGCAGCGGUGGUCAAUCCCAUCUUCGGUGUGGCUGGAUCUCUCAUCCGGGUGGUGCUGCACCACGUGGACGACGAAGACAUUCAGAAGCUCAAACGCGAGUUUAGGAGUGUAAAUCGAGCCCUGGAUGAAAUAUCACAGCAGAACCAGAACGUAUUGCUUCGGAUCAGGAAGGAAACGGUGGAUGGCCUGUACUCCCGCAUGGAGGAGAACAUUCGCACUCAGUUCAACAAAUUCAUGGACACUGUGGAGGCUUCGUCAGGGCACCAGCAGCGCCAGAAAGAUUUCGAAAUGUGUUUCAUGAUCAAUCAGGGGGACCAAAACCUGCACACCCUUUAUGGCGGUGUGAUGGGCGAAUCGAAGGUCUUCUGCCAGCCCAUUCUGGAAGUGUACAUGAUGCAUUCACAGGGCGACCGCCGUGUCAUGGAGAACCUCUGCACGCGACUCAUCUACCUGUUCUGCAUUGGUCUCAUUGCUCUGAUGAGUUACGCUGCCAUUGUUGGGGAUGACGAAGAAGCUUUGCGUGUCGAGUGGGAGGAGAAAAUGAAAGAUGUGGCUAAAAAGAUGUCAGAGGUGUUAAACAGUCACGAUUGAUUUUACACACAUUUUAUCUAUACAUUCAUCCAUUCAUCCAAUCUAUCUAUCUGUCCAUCCGUCCAUCCUGUACAUCUUCCUACCUAUCUAUCCAUUCAUUCAUCUGUCUAUCUGUCUGUCUCUCCACUGUCUGUCUAUUUAUCAAUCUAUCUAUCAAUCUAUCUAUCAAUCUAUCUAUCUAUCUAUCUAUCUAUCUAUCUAUCUAUCUAUCUAUCUAUCUAUCUAUCUAUCUAUCUAUAUCUAUCUAUCUAUCUAUCUAUCUAUCUAUCUAUCUAUCUAUCUAUCUAUCUAUCUAUCUAUCUAUCUAUCUACCCACCUGGUAACCACUCAGAACAUCUUAGCUACCUCAUAGCAAUUUAGCAACUGCCCUAGCAACCACUUAAAGCACCAUAGCUAUUAUGUUGCAACCAGUUUACUCUCAAUUUGGGAACAUGGAUUCUGACCAUGAUGUCAUACCGCUAUACCAUCAAAUGCUAAAACAUCAAUGAUGUUAUUUUCUGACUGUAUUUACUGUAAUGCAUACUUCAAAGCACCCCAAUUCAAUCCGCAUAAGCCACAGUUAAAAUAUUUAUGCCAUCAAAUAAUGUUACAAUCUCUAGAUUCUGUUUACUUGAAGCCUUAAUAUUCUUUUC